UCAUUUCUCAAGUCUUGUAACCAGAAGAAGAGAGAAAAUGGUAUCGAAGCUACUUGUGGUUAAGCUAGUUUCUUUCAUGAUGCUAUUUGCAGUAUCCCAUGCUAGAUGGUUUCGCCUAGGUACCGGUCCGAAACAAGUUCACAACAGGCCUACCCAAAAGUGCCUCUUAACGUUUUUACCGUGGUGCAAGCAUACCCCUGAUCAGCUGCCACCAUCAAACACUCCAACUCGGAAGCAUCAAUCACCGUAUACUCUAACGCCGGAACUUCCACCAUCAUCACCUACUACGGAGCUUCCAUCCUGGUACACUCCAACUCCAGAGCUCCCACCACCGUCGUACAACCCUACUCCUGUGUUCCCUCCGUCAUACACUGCAACUCCGGAGCUGCCACCAUCGUACAUGCCUACACCAGAGGUUCCUGCUCCUUCACCGGCGCCUUAUUAAUCCAUAUUAUUGUUGUCUAUGAAUGGGAAUUCAAAUUGGUCACAAUAUAGCACAUGAAAUAAACAAGGAUAUUGCUUUUAUAAUUAUUAAACGAAAAAAGGUCUGUAUUUUGAUCACUAUUUGUUAUAGAAUAAAAAGAUUGCUCGA